AUGACGUCAUCUGUGACGUCAUCAUGGUUUCAUUUUCCAGCGGAUGUCUCUAUAAUGUCAUUAGAAAUUGAAGCAGAAGCUGGAUACUUGUUAUAUGUUGGAGGCAGAAAAUUCCACCUUGCCAGGGUUAAAGUGUGUGGAUGCAACAACACAUUUUACAUUAUCAAUAUUUUCCUCUUAUACCUUUCAUUCCACAUGAGUGAAAAAUAUUUUGGAUCCAAGAUGCUUGAAUUGAAAAAGAAAACAACUAAAAAGUAUAUUGCAAGUGAACAGAUGUUGGAAGAUUUAUCGAUGCUACAAGCAUUCGCUCACGAGAUAAACAUCAAUAGAGCUAAAUAA